AUGGCCAAGAGCACUAGUGACAAUAAGGAUGAGCAGCUGCCAUCAAAACAGCAAAAGAAAGAUCAAGUCCACAUACUCCCUGUAUCUGCAAGUUCACCUUCCUCUUCUAAUACCAAAUCCAAUGCACCCAAUGUCUCAUCUCCCAUAAGCAUUACAGAGGUUCUAGCAAGUUCUUCUAAUACAGUAUCCCAUGCUCCAUACCCAAUUAGACAUUAUAGAAAGAAAUCCGUUGACCUGACUUCUCAAUUUGCUACAUCAUCCACUUUGUCGGUCUACUCUCGCUUAAGUGCUACCUGGCUGUCUCUUCCCCUCAACCUACGUACAUGCACUCGUACUUGGUAUGUCGUCUGUGGCUAUCGUGCACUUCCCAAGCAGCCUUCUUCUCUAGGCUUCUCAUCAUUUGUACCAAGUCUACCUGAGAUUCCUGAGGAGGCAUCUGAAGAUGAGUCUCUGGAUAUUGGAUCAGAGCGACAAGUUCAUUCCGAGGAUCGUGUCACUGUCUACUCUUAUGAUAGCAUCAAAAAUCGCAGUAUAGAUAAAAAGAAUAACUUUUACCAACGAGAAUUGAAAUAA